AUGCCUGAGGAUUUAUUUAGGAUACAACGGAAUUGUCUGCGUGUAAUGGGCCACCAAGACAUCUUCGAUAACAAUGAAGUGUCGUCGAACGAUGAGCAAAAAUCGAAGUCGAAGCGGCAGCGGCAGCGGCGGUGCUUUCGCCAUUGCCAGGCGUUGAAGUAUGUGCUWUUGUUGUUGUUUAUGGUGUCGGCACAAUUGCCAAUGAUGAAUUACAUUAUUUAUCAUAUCGACGAUUUGGCAUUGGCGACGGCUUGCCUCAGUAUUGUCUUCACCAAUGUGCUGACGGUCAUUAAGACCUCAACAUUUUUGACUUACAAGCGUGAAUUCAAAAGCCUAAUGGCCGAGUUCGAAAGCAUGUACGACGAAUUACACGAAGCGGGUGCCAAGCGCUGUCUGGUGACGGUCAAUGUGGGGGCAAAAAGAUUUGUUAAACUGUACUUUGGUGCGUGCACAAGCACGGGCUUAUACUUCACAAUAAACCCGUUGGUUAGCAUGAUUUGGGCGAAAUUUCAAGCUAAGCCGAUACCGCUGGAGUUACCAAUGCCGAUGAGGUUCCCCUUCGAUUUCGAGUCUACACCAGGCUAUGAAAUCGCCUAUAUCUAUACUAUAUUCAUCACCAUAGUAGUGGUGAUGCAUGCAACAUCUGUGGAUGGUCUCUUUGUUUCGUUCACCACAAAUCUGCGUGGUCAUUUUCAAGCUUUGCAGUAUUUCAUCGAGACAAAUACAUUCAACAAAUCCGAAGCGCUCCUACAGCGGGAGCUUGGAAACUACGUGCAGUACCACGUGCGUUUGUUGGGGCUCGUGCAGAGCGUGCAGCGKGUAUUCAAGCCAAUAAUUUUCGGACAAUUUCUGAUGACAUCGCUGCAAGUGUGUGUCAUCAUUUAUCAGCUGGUGACGAAUAUGGGCGUAAUCAUGGAGAUGGUGGUCUAUUGUACGUUUCUCAGCUCAAUUCUGCUGCAAUUGCUGAUUUACUGUUACGGCGCCGAGUUUCUCAAAACUGAGAGCUCCGCCGUGAGCACGGCUAUUCAGAUGUCGCAAUGGUAUAAUUUACCGCCUCGUCAUCGCCACGUUCUGCGCCUGAUGAUGCUACGUUCACAGCGUGAGAUCAUUAUUAGCGCCGGYUUCUACGAGGCUUCGCUGGCCAAUUUCAUGAGUAUUUUGAAGGCCGCCAUGUCGUACAUCACUUUCAUACAAUCCAUUGAGUAG